AUGAUCCGCCAGAGGUUGCUUACAGCACAAAGUAGACAGAAGAGUUACGCCAACGUACAGAGAAGGCCUCUAGAGUUUGAGGUUAGAGAUCAUGUUUUUUUGAAAGUUUCUCUAACUACGAGUGUAGGGAGAUUAAUCAAGGCCUGUAAAUUGGCAUCAAAGUUUAUUGGACCUUUCCAAUUUUUGUCAAGAUUUGGCCCAGUAGCUUACAAUUUGGCCCUACCCCCUAAUCUGAGCCAGAUUCAUGACGUCUUCCAUGUCUCUCAGUUGAAGAAGUAUCAGCCAGAUCCCUCGUAUGUCUUGAAAUAUAAAGACAUAGAGCUGCGAGAUAACCUCACCUUUGAGGUGAAACUAAUGAAAAUGAUAGACCGGCAAAUUAAGCAGCUGUGGAAUAAAACUAUUUUGCUGGUUAAAGUCAUCUCGAGGGAUCUAACUCAAGAAGAAGUUACAUAG